AUGUUCACCUCCCCGCGACGAUGGAUCUUCAUCGUCUCGCCAUUCAUUACCCUAGUCUUGGUCUACUACCUAUUUCUCGCACCUAAUACCAACCCAAUCACAUUGAACCGUCAAGGCCAAUGGACACAGUCACAUCAGGAACAUAUGAUCCUCGAGGGGACACGCCCUCUGUCGCAAACCGACAAGCUGAACCAGCAGCAAAUGUCCGAUGAUUCAUUUGAUGAGGAACGAUGUGGGAAGUUGCGCAAGGACAUGGACGAUGUCUUUGUAGUCUUGAAGACCGGUGCGACCGAAGCCCGCGAAAAGAUCCCCGUGCAAUUGCGCACCACUCUUCAAUGUGUCCCGCAUUAUGCUGUUUUCUCCGACUACGAGGAGACCAUCAGCGGCGUGCGCACCUACGACGUUCUGCAGAACGUCUCCGAAUCUGCCAUGAACGAGGCGCCCGAGUUUGAAAUCUACCAUCGUUUGCAGGAAGUUGGACCCGAUGGUCUGACAGACGAUGAGAUGGGCGAUGAUUCGAACGGCCCCUUCGGUAAAAUCAAUAACCCAGGCUGGAAGCUGGAUAAAUGGAAGUUUCUCCCGAUGAUUGCCGGAGCGCUGGAAGUGCAACCUAACGCCAAGUGGUACGUCUUCAUGGAGGCCGAUACAUACAUGGUAUGGCCGAACCUGGUAAAUUGGCUGGCCCACCUCGACCACCAUCAAAACUACUAUCUCGGCAGUCCAAUGCAAAUCGGUGACGUUCUUUUCGGAUAUGGCGGGGCAGGCAUCAUUCUGUCCAGCCGGACGAUAUAUCACCUGCACAAUUACCGCGCCAAGCACCAGCUAGAGCUGGAGCGCAUGACGAGUCAAGAAUGGGCCGGAGACUGCGCCUUAGCCCAAGCGCUGAAAGACAUCCAUAUCGAACUCACCUGGGCAUGGCCAAUGAUGAUGACUGUCCGACCAUACGAAAUCGAUCAUUUCUCAGAAGCAUACGGCCGCCAGCCCUGGUGUUAUCCAGCUGUGUCAUACCACCACAUGAGUCCUCGCGACAUCGAAGAGAUGUGGCGGUUUGACCAGGGCUGGUUUAAGAGCGGCAAGAACGCACUCCUGCUGCACGGCGACGUCUACCGCGAAUUAGUCCACAACAAAUCUCUCUCCGAACGUCCUGAUUGGGAUAAUCUGUCACCGGCUAUGAUUGACUUUGACCCCCCGACUGAGCCUUCGACAGAGGCAUGUGCCGAUGCUUGCUCGCAGAACAGCGAGUGUCUGCAGUUUUCAUUCAACCAUGAGAUGCAGAGUUGUAAACAUGCCUCGACCACUUUUGGCGGCGUUGCUACCAACGGCACUGACUCGGGCUGGAUGACCCACAGGGUGCAGCGACUCUUGAAUAACUUCCAAUCAUCAUGUCCGGAAGUGCAAUACAUCUUUGAAUGA